AUGGAGUACAUGGGAAGCAAUAUAACAUACAACAAAGACAUAUACAGUGAGUUUAAGUACUAUUGUGAACAGCAUGAGAUUGAAGUAAUGAGUAAAGGAGACUUUGAAACGCUUAUGAAAGACAGUAAGGAGGUCGUUCAUGAGAACAGUGUUGAAAUAGUUCAUGAGAACAGUGAGGAGGUCAUACAUGAGAACAGUGAUGAAAUAGUUCAUGAGAACAGUGUUGAAAUAGUUCAUGAGAACAGUGAGGAGGUCAUACAUGAGAACAGUGAUGAAAUAGUUCAUGAGAACAGUGAGGAGGUCAUACAUGAAUGCAAUGAUGAAAUAGUUCAUGAUGUCGUUCGUGAAGAAGCCAUUGCAACAAAGAAUGAGAUAAAGGAUUUCAUAGAACUUAACAAGGAGGAGUUUAAAGAAGGCUAUGAAGUGAAAAGAUGUGAAGAAGAUUUCUUGGCGUAUUUGAAGAAAAAGAGACUAAAGCCAAUGGCUCAAAAUAAGUUUCAAUCGAUGUUUGAAAAGAAACGUUUGAGCUAUGGUGGUGUAAGAAGCACAUAUUACUUUGUUAAGAAGUGA